GCGCCGGCGGCGGCGGCGGGCGGGAUCGUGUGAGGCGCGUGAAGGCUCGCUCCCGCCAGCUCUGGGGUCCAGACGCGGGCGGGCGCCGAGUUGCUCACGACCGGCCGUGUCCGCCUCAGCUGUUUCUUAGAGCAUCUGCUUGUCUCGACUGACCCAGUUGUCAAGUGAAAUAUGCCUGUCUUAUUUGUGAAAACUUUGUGCUUCAUAGGAAAGCUCACUUCCCAAAGUGAAAAGGAUGUGUGAGAAGGUGAUUUAAGGUAUAAGUGUUCUAGAAGGCAUCUCAUCGAAUUAAUGAACUCUCAAGGAUAAGUGCUCAGUAGAUCAACCCAAGACAUACUAUUUUUGAAGCCAGGAGAAUUUCAUCUUGACAGUAAAACAACUUUUAUUUUGUGCUGUGCUUUGAAAUGAAAAGGGAGCAACAAGAAUGGACUUAAACUAGGUGAAGAUGUUUAGUAAACAAGCAGUGUUAGCUGUUCCAAGAAGAUAACUCGGUGAUGGUGCAUCCUGUGCGGAUCCCUGCUUGUGAUCUCCAGGACUGCUGGCUGGGACUGCUGUGAAGAGCAGUGUCUUGUGUCCUCAGACUCGCAGAGACACGACUUACAGGCAUGAGUGCUUUAAAAGAGGAAGUCAAGAAGCUGUCAACUAAAUUCAAAAGUGCACUUGGGUUUUUUUACUGCUGUUAUUUUAAUAACCUCUUCAUAACCAGUUAAAAAGAACUGACAAGUAUUUUGAACGAUUAAAGAAAGGCAGAUGUCUGCAAAUAAUUCCCCUCCAUCCGCACAGAAGUCUGUAUUACCGGCACCUGUUCCUGCUGUGCUUCCAGCGCCUUCUCCGUGUUCCAGUCCCAGGACGGGGCUGUCGGCCCGCCUCUCGAAUGGAAGCUUCAGUGCACCAUCACUCACCAACUCCGGAGGCUCCGUGCACACGGUCUCGUUUCUGCUGCAGAUCGGCCUCUCGCGGGAGAAUGUUACCAUCGAAGCCCAGGAGCUGUCUUUAUCCGCCGUCAAGGAUCUUGUGUGCUCCAUUGUUUAUCAAAAGUUUCCAGAGUGUGGAUUCUUUGGCAUGUAUGAUAAAAUUCUUCUCUUUCGCCAUGACAUGAACUCAGAAAAUAUUUUGCAGCUGAUUACCUCAGCAGAUGAAAUACAUGAAGGAGACCUAGUAGAAGUUGUUCUUUCAGCUUUGGCCACAGUGGAAGACUUCCAGAUUCGUCCACAUACCCUCUAUGUUCAUUCUUACAAAGCUCCUACUUUUUGUGAUUACUGUGGUGAAAUGCUGUGGGGAUUGGUACGCCAGGGACUGAAAUGUGAAGGCUGUGGAUUAAAUUAUCAUAAACGAUGUGCCUUCAAGAUUCCCAAUAACUGCAGUGGAGUGAGAAAGAGGCGUCUGUCGAAUGUGUCUCUACCAGGCCCUGGCCUCUCGGUCCCAAGACCCCUACAGCCUGAGUGUGUGCCACUUCUCAGUGAGGAGUCACAUGUUCCAGAACCAAGUAAGAGAAUCCCUUCUUGGAGUGGCCGUCCGAUCUGGAUGGAGAAGAUGGUGAUGUGCAGAGUGAAAGUCCCCCACACAUUCGCUGUUCACUCGUACGGCCGUCCCACAAUAUGUCAGUACUGCAAGCGGCUACUGAAAGGACUUUUCCGUCAAGGAAUGCAGUGUAAAGAUUGCAAAUUUAACUGCCAUAAACGCUGUGCAUCGAAAGUACCAAGAGACUGCUUUGGAGAAGUUACUUUCAAUGGAGAACCUUCCAAUUUGGGGACAGAUACAGAUAUGCCAAUGGACAUUGACAGUAAUGACAUAAAUAGUGAUGGUAACCGGGGCCUGGAUGACACAGAAGAGCCAUCUCCACCAGAAGACAAAAUGUUCUUCCUGGAUCCAUCUGAUCUUGAUGUGGAAAGAGAUGAGGAAGCUGUUAAAACAAUCAGUCCAUCAACAAGCAAUAACAUUCCUCUAAUGAGGGUUGUACAGUCCAUCAAGCACACAAAGAGGAAGAGCAGCACAAUGGUGAAGGAAGGGUGGAUGGUCCAUUACACCAGCAGGGACAACCUGAGAAAAAGGCAUUACUGGAGACUUGACAGCAAAUGUCUAACACUAUUUCAGAAUGAAUCAGGAUCGAAGUACUAUAAGGAAAUUCCACUUUCAGAAAUUCUCCGUGUAUCUUCUCCACAAGAUUUCACAAAUAUUUCUCAAGGCAGCAAUCCACACUGUUUUGAAAUCAUCACUGAUACCAUGGUGUACUUUGUUGGUGAGAAUAAUGGGGACAGUUCUCACAAUCCCAUACUUGCUGCCACUGGAGUUGGGCUUGAUGUAGCUCAGAGCUGGGAAAAAGCAAUUCGCCAGGCCCUCAUGCCUGUUACGCCUCAGACAAGUGUUUGCACUUCUCCAGGACAAGGGAAUGAUCACAAAGAUUUGUCUACCAGCAUCUCUGUAUCCAACUGUCAGAUCCAGGAGAAUGUGGACAUCAGUACUGUUUACCAGAUCUUUGCAGAUGAAGUGCUUGGCUCAGGCCAGUUCGGCAUUGUGUAUGGAGGAAAACAUAGAAAGACUGGAAGGGAUGUGGCAAUUAAAGUUAUUGAUAAGAUGAGAUUCCCCACAAAACAGGAAAGUCAGCUCCGAAAUGAAGUAGCUAUUUUACAGAAUUUACACCAUCCUGGGAUUGUAAACUUGGAAUGUAUGUUUGAAACCCCAGAACGAGUCUUUGUAGUAAUGGAAAAGCUGCAUGGGGAUAUGUUGGAAAUGAUUCUAUCCAGUGAGAAAAGCCGGCUUCCAGAACGAAUUACUAAAUUCAUGGUCACACAGAUACUUGUUGCUUUGAGGAAUCUACAUUUUAAGAAUAUUGUACACUGUGAUUUAAAGCCAGAAAAUGUGCUGCUUGCAUCUGCAGAGCCAUUUCCUCAGGUGAAGCUGUGUGACUUUGGAUUUGCUCGAAUCAUCGGAGAGAAGUCCUUCAGGAGGUCUGUAGUGGGAACUCCAGCGUACCUAGCCCCGGAGGUUCUCAGGAGCAAAGGCUAUAACCGCUCCCUGGACAUGUGGUCCGUGGGGGUGAUCGUCUACGUGAGCCUCAGCGGAACAUUUCCUUUUAAUGAAGAUGAAGAUAUAAAUGACCAAAUCCAAAAUGCUGCAUUUAUGUACCCACCAAAUCCAUGGAAGGAAAUCUCUGCUGAAGCAAUUGAUUUGAUAAACAACCUGCUUCAAGUGAAGAUGAGAAAACGUUACAGUGUUGACAAAUCUCUUAGUCAUCCUUGGCUACAGGACUAUCAGACUUGGCUUGACCUUAGAGAAUUUGAAACACGCAUUGGAGAGCGCUACAUUACACAUGAAAGUGAUGAUGCUCGUUGGGAAAUCCAUGCGUAUACUCACAACCUGGACUACCCCAAGCACUUCAUAAUGGCUCCCAAUCCCGAUGAUAUGGAAGAAGAUCCUUAGUUAUCAAUGAGCUAACUUCAGGAAAGAAGGAUUCUACUUUAUGGAGUGAUGUUUGGCUACGUAACUGUUUCUUUGUAGGCUGUCAGUGUGAA